CGAGAAUCUAACAAUUUCGAAAACUAGAAACUAGAAAACUGAAAACUGAAAAUUGUGCGUGUUUUUUUCUCUUCUUUUUUUCUUUUUUUGUGCUGUUUCGUUUCGGUUCUCGAAAAUAGCCAACUGUAUCGGGCAAAUGGACGGCAGUCGUGGGCCAAACGCGAAGCGGUUGAAUGCAAUGCCCGGCACGGUCCGAUACCAAAAGUAGGGAAGAAAAACUAUAUACAAACGACAGCGAGAUAUAAAUAUAUAUAAAUAAAUAAAUCGGAUAAAUAAGAGACACCAAAAUAAAGAACGUUGUGCCAAAAAAAAAAAGUAAAUUUCAAAACUCAGAGUGCAUAUAGUUUUGUGCGGCAUUUUGUUCUGUAAAUAUUUUGUUAUAUCAACAAAAAUUCAUAACAAAUAGUACAACAAAAAUAGGGAAUAGGAAAGCAAAAAAACAACAAUGACUUCAUUAACCGCUGGAAACAGAGGCAAAGCCGGUGGAUUAGAAGUUAUGCAAAAGGCUGGCUGGAAAAUUGAUGAGAAUGAAAAAGCCUGCUAUAUAGACAUUGAUGAGGAUGAUGAUGACGAUGAUGGGACCAAAAAUGGAUUGGAUCACGUCAAAAGAGUCUAUUCAAAUUGGUGUUAUUUACCCGAUUUAAUACUUGAAGAAGUCUUUACAUAUCUAUCGCCCAAAGAACGUUACUAUGCCAGUUUGGUCUGUCGCCAAUGGUAUAGAGCCUUUUAUUUGCCCACAGUUUGGAAUAACUUUGUGGUCGACGAUCGAACAUUAACCCGCCCUAAAUAUAAUUAUUAUUCUGGUUGGCAAUAUUGUUUGGAUCAUAUGCGAACACAGAAUUGUUUGGCCAAAAUUGGGAAACAUUUGCGAGGUAUUGAGUUUCGUCCAUGGCAUAGUUUUAAUAAUAUCUAUCAGUUUAUGACUAUGUUAUCUUGGAGCAUGGAUAAGGCUAACGAGGCGAAUCCACAAGCAGAUCUAAUCGGAAUGGGUCGACGUAUACGUGCUCUGGUCUAUAAUUUUCCCUGCAACAUGUCACAGCCCAAUGAUCCGGAGGGUAUUAAGCUCUUUGGCACUGGAGGACAAUUGCUAAAGGGUCUCAAGGAGUUGUUGUUACGUUUGACUGAUUUGCAUACAUUGAAAUUGGUUGACUUUGUUUUGGAACGUUUCGAGGCUAAGCAUUUGCUUGAUGAAGUCGUCUGCAGUUGUUGCACCAAAAUGCGUGUCCUUAAUCUAGUCAAUGUGACGACAAUGCAUUGUCCCAUUAUGCAUGUUGGAAUGUUUCUCAAUUUACAGGUGCUGACCAUUUCACCACAAAAUAUUGAUGACGAUGUGUUGUCCUUGCUGGCGGAUACAAAACUGCGUCAUUUGCAUUUGCUGCAAAAUUGCUAUACACCAAAUUAUCUGACCAUCAGCGCCUGUGGAGUUAAAGCCUGGCGCAAUCUGAAAAAGACCAAUCCACGUUUACGUGUCCAUUUGAGGCUAGAGAAUAUGACCGAUGGCGAGGUAGUCCUGCAGCCCGAGGCUCCAGUUCACAGUAUCACAUAUUGGGCACCGCAGGCACGUGUUCGUGCUGACCUUCUUGUUCGCAUGGUGGAUCAAUAUAAGAACACUCUGGCUGUCUAUGGACAUGAAUUACUGCCGCGUUUUACCAGUCCAAAACCGUUUCACAAUCGCAUCGAUGGCCUGAUUAUGCUGAUGUGUCGCCAGUGUUAUAAUUUGGACACAUUGAUUAUACGGGAAAAAAUCUCUACUGCAACUCUCCUACUAAUUGCUCGUACAGCAAAAAAUUUACGUAAUUUACAUGUUAGACGAUUUGCUGUUAUUUUGCGCAGCGACUGGCCUCGCCAUCCCGAAUGGAGUGAUGAAUUCUAUUUGUGGCUUAAACGUAACUCCCGUUCCUAUGAAUCGAUGGAGAGGGAAAUCUCUCAGAUAUUGGGCUAUAAAUGGCAAUUGCUUAGCGAUCGAGAUUUUAAAUUGUUGACAGUGAAUGUUAAAUCGGGAAUGUAAAAUGAAUCUUUCCCCUCCCCACGAAAUUGAACUCUUGUGAUAAACGGUGUAGAGCUUUACUUAUUUUGAACAUACAAUUUGCUAGCAACAAGAAUAAAGCAAAUUUUCUAUAUAAACUAA